GUCAGUCGACGUUGAAGACUGCUACGUACAUACGUGUAUAUGCCGACACAAUUCGAUGUUGGUUCGCACCCGUUCGUACGAUCUGUCUGCACGAUAUCGAGAGAAAAAGUGCCGCGCAGAGGAGAAGACAGAGAAGGAGAAGCAGGAGUAGGAGGUAGAGGAGGAGGUGAAGGUGGAGGAGAAAGGGGGAGCCCUGAGCGGCAAGAGAGUUCGGUCCGGCUGUUGCACAAUUUUGUGUCAGCCUGUGUUUCUCGGUGAAAUCCUCAGACCGACUCAGAGGAAAUAACAGGAUUGACAGUGAGUGUCGUAUAUCCGACACGAAGUUGAUUGGACGCGCAGGCGUGCGUCGCGGGCUUCUUUGAAGAUCGAGAAACGACGAGGCUCCCUCGUUCCAUGUUGCGCAUUUGUUUAUCGAGAUUCAACUGAACGUAGUUACGCGUAGAAUCGAUCGAUCGGUGAAAGAUGCGAAAAGGAUACGUGUGUUUCGUCGACGCAUCGUAUAAGCAGAGUUGAAAACUCCUGACUGAGGACAGUCGUGUACAAAAGGCGAGCGCGUUCGCGGUCUUGUUCAACGUUGGUUCGGUGACCGAUCGUGCGCGCUCCCAUCACCCCGUAAAAAGAAUAAGAAACAGCGAGUGGAGGAGGAGUAGGGCGGAAGCUUAAGGAAAGAAGGACGCCGAAGGAGAAGGAGAAACAGGAGAAAAGGAAAAGAGGGAGGCACGCCGCGUGGACAUAGCCGUACGAUCGUCGUGUGUCUGUUUCGUUUGGUUUCGUUUCGUUUUACCGCUUUUCGAGCGGACCCGCGGUAGAUGAGGGCCCGCGAAAUUUCUAGUUGAUAACGAUUUUACCCGAUUCUCCUUCUCGUGACACAUUCCGCCACGUGGACGUUGUCGCGUAAAGAAGAUUACUCGAUUGUAAACAAGCUAAGAAAACAAUCAUGUACAAGCUACUAGGGGGUCUUGGCACGUUCUUGAAAUGGCAGGAGAUCACGACGGAUUCUAUGGUGUUCCGGUUGCACAACCACUUUACGGCGGUGCUACUUUUCACGUGUUCGAUGGUGAUCACGGCCACCCAAUACGUUGGUAAUCCGAUCAACUGUAUCGUUCAAGGUUUACCACCGCACCCUGUCAACACUUAUUGCUGGAUAACGUCUACGUUCACUAUGCCGGAUGCAUUCAAUCGGCAGGUCGGUAUAGAGGUGGCGCAUCCAGGAGUGGCCAACGACUUCGGCGACGUGGACGCAAGGAAAUAUUAUACGUACUACCAAUGGGUCUGCUUCGUAUUAUUCUUCCAGGCAUGCUUGUGCUAUGUACCACAAUGGUUGUGGAACAUGUGGGAGGGCGGUUUGAUCAGUAAAUUGGUCAUGGGUAUGAAUCACGGCCUCGAUAAACAAGAGAACAUUCGGAAGAAAAAGUCCGUGUUAAUGGAUUAUCUAAUGAAUCAUAUUAGGAGUCACAACAUGUACGUGUACCGAUACUUCAUUUGCGAGGCGCUUUGCCUAGUGAAUAUCUUCGUUCAAUUAUACCUGAUGAAUCGAUUUUUCGACGGGGAAUUCCUCAGCUACGGAUUGCGAGUACUGCAGUUUUCGGAGGUGCCACAGGAAGAGCGUGUGGAUCCCAUGGUCUACGUGUUCCCUCGCGUCACCAAGUGUCUUUUCUAUAAGUAUGGUGCUUCGGGAACGAUACAGCAACACGAUUCCCUCUGCAUUCUUCCAUUAAACAUCGUCAAUGAGAAGACGUAUAUCUUCAUCUGGUUCUGGUUCACCAUUCUAUCCAUCUUGUUAUUGGGUCUGAUGGUAUACAGAGCAGCCAUCAUUUUUGCCCCGGCCGUGAGACCGAGACUGUUACAUCUCUCCUCUCGGCUAUUGUGUAUAGAAACUUGUCACAGUAUCAGCAAAAAGAUUGAUCUGGGUGAUUGGUGGCUUCUCUACAUUCUGUCUUCCAACAUGGACUCACUAAUCUACAGGGAUUUCCUCCAGGAACUGACCAAGAAGAUGGGCGAUAGGCAAUCAGCUAUGGCUUAGAUUGAUAACUUUAUAACAAGAAUUUUCGUUAGAAAGGCUGAACUGAUUCGCUGAGGUUCAUCGUUUGAAGGCAGGUUCAUUGCCUUUAGUUGACCUCCUUCGGGGAAUUAUAGGGGGGAGAACACUGACCACCGUUGUCUGCGUGGAAAUCAUCGCGUUACAAGAAUUACUAUCAUAGGUAGCGCCUUCAGAGAACAAUUGUUAUGCACGACUGACGUAUGUGUGUUCGUAAACACGCGAUGACAUUCGGUUUUGUAUGUACACAAGAGUGUGACUGUGUGUGAGUACGAGAGAAAGUAUCGUUGUUUCAACGGUUAUUCCAAGAACUGUUUCUUUAUUAUUAUUUUUUUUUUUUAUUAUUCUUAAUUAGUGUUCGUUCUCCAAAGCAACAGAUCUAUUUUAUUGCGAGAAGUAUUGCUCAAAGUAAAUCGAACGUAUUUCUAUGACAGAGGAAGUUUCGAGGCGAUGAGGAUCUUAGCAUACGAAUACCUUUUACUAUGCAACAUUUUUCUACUGUGAGGUCAUCUCGACUUUUAUGCUAUCCUAUCGUGAUUAUAAUGUGCACUGUCGCAAGAAAUCUUGCUCUCAGAUAUUUCUGUGUAGCAUAUACGUGAUCCAAUUCAUUGAAUGAUUAUUCUUUCUAAGUUGUCAACGUAUGUGUUAGUUUUCAAAAUACCGUGACUAAGUAAUUAGUUGCAAAGGAUGCAUAUCAAUUUUUAUUGUAAUUUAGAGAUAUGAUUUGUAUUGUCAGGUUGAUCAGAAAGUUCUGUUGAUUUUUGCAAAUUAGUUUCCUAGUGAUAAUGAAUGUGGAAUACAGUUAUCUUUCUGUUUGCAGUUAUUAAAAAAAAUACACAAACUACGUUUUUUAGAACCAGCAACAAAAUUUUCCGAUCAGUCUAAUAUUUGCCCAUUUGUGUUCCAUCGACAAAAAAACAUUGUCGCAGAAGACUUGUAUUAAAGUAACACGGAUCUUUUUUUUUUUAACGUCUAUGUCCUCUGUUUCUUAAUUAAUUUCUGCUGUAUGUAUCAAUAUAAGAAUUUACGAGUGUUAAACCGAUUGUGUAUCGUAUAUGAUGUGUGUUUCCUAUUGGAAAGUAAGAGAAGAAAAGAAGUUCGACCGAAUUUUAACGGUACUACAAUUUCGAAUGUUUAUUAGGUAGAACGAGUAAGGUUUUAUAUUGAUAUUAUGAAUAUUAUACGAAUAUUAUAAAUAUUCGUGCAAUUUAUGCAUCUAUUGGUUUUUUCUUUCUAUCUGAUAUUCGAUUAUGGUAAAAGUUUAAAUUCUACCGCAAUCGUCAGUUGGUGACAAAUCAAGAAUGAUUUUUUUUUUAGUUAUUCAUGCCUCGAUAUUGGUCUUGUGUUAUAAACUACAAUAUAUCCCAUAAUCAUAGGAAACUUGAGACUUAGGCUAACAUCUGUAAUUCAAUGCUUUCAAAGUUUACAGAUACUUUUCCUAUUAGCAGCUGACUGCAACAUAAAAGACAUUGAAAAUAUACUGUAAUUCUAAGA